AUGGAAGAGGAAGAAAAUUGCACUUCAGUUACUGAAUUUAUGCUCUUGGGAUUUUCAGAUCAUCCAGAACUUCAUGUUUUCCUCUUCCUGAUAUUUCUAUUGAUCUAUAGUAUCACAGUUUUGGGCAAUCUUGGAAUGAUUAUCCUGAUUAAGAUCAGCCCCCGCCUUCAUACACCCAUGUAUUUUUUUCUCAGCCACUUGUCCUUUGUUGAUCUCUGCUAUUCCACUAUCAUUGUUCCUAAAAUGUUGGUCGAUAUAUCAACAGAAAACAAAGUUAUCUCUUUCCUGAGUUGCAUUAUACAAUUCUUUUUGUUUUGCACAUGUGUGGUCACUGAAGUCAUAUUGCUGGCAGUGAUGGCUUAUGAUCGAUUUGUAGCUAUUUGCAACCCAUUAUUGUACAUGAUUGCUAUGUCCCAGAAGCUUUGUGUCCAGCUGGUGUGUGGUUCAUAUAUUUGUGGUACAGUGUGUUCUCUUAUUCAUACAUGCUUAGCCCUUAAGAUAUCUUCUUACAGAUCUAAUAUCAUCAAUCAUUUCUUCUGUGAUCUACCUCCUCUCUUAUCUCUAUCCUGUUCUGAUGUCUCCAUCAAUGAACUACUGCUUUUCAUAGUGGCCUGUUUCAAUGAGAUCAGCACCAUCAUGAUUAUCCUAACCUCUUACAUAUUUAUCCUCAUCACCAUUCUGAGAAUCCCUUCUUCUGAAGGCCGGCGCAAAGCCUUUUCUACUGGUGCCUCCCACUUCACAGCCAUUGUUGUUUUCCAUGGUACAAUACUUUUUAUUUAUUGCAGACCAGAAUCUGGAAAUACCCUAGAUUCAGAUAAAGUUGCUACUAUAUUUUAUACUGUGGUGAUACCAAUGCUAAAUCCUCUUAUCUACAGUUUAAGGAACAAGGAUGUAAAAGAUGCCUUCAGGAAAGUGAUAGGAUCUGAGAAAUUAUCUCUGUGUCCAAAAUUGGAUGGAAUGAGAGAACAUUAG